CUUUCUUUCUUUUCAGUUCAAAGAACUUGAAUGAUUCGAACUUCGCUACGCGUUGCCAGUUUGACCGAAAAAAACUUGCCCGCAUGUUCCGUUACUUUAGUUCAGUCGGUCGAAGAUAUCGAAUAUGAGCAGGUGUUCUGCAUAAGGUUACCGGGUUUAGCCGGGUAAUGAAAUCUAGAAAGAAUUCCGAAUAUAGCUUUUCGGCUACGGCUCUUUUUUGGUGUACGGUUUCGUUUUGCGUGUGUGUUGUUACGGGUAAUUCCGUGAGGUUAGCAUAUUCCGAAGAGCCAAGGCCGAUAUUAUUCUCAGAUGGAAAAACUUUGGCGGAAGUAAUUUUUAAUGACGGUGGUGAAAUGACCCAUUGUCGUCUGCAUGAAUUAGAAGAAGUUUCAGAUGCAGACGUUAUAAUUCGAAACAGUGGAUUAGCAGUCAAGUACCCAAAUUUCCACAACAUGCUUCAACUUAUAAAUAACUGCACUAAGAUAGAAAUGCCUUUAGCUAAUAAUACAGAAGCAUCACCCACCGAUAUACCAGACCUCGGAUCAAAUUUCUGGUCCCCAUGGGCUAUAUGGAAUGGAAUAGUUCCUG